CGCGCGGGAUCGCCUGAAAGGCCGUUUCCUGCCUCGUCUUCGCGCGGCCCUCCGCGGUCGUCUCGGCCUGCGAGUCGCGUCCCACUUGGUCGUUCUCUCGCCCCCCCGAGCCAAAUCCAGCCUUGAGAUUUGGUUGGGAGCCUUGCUUUGGGGCCUUUCAGCCCCCGCCUUCCACAGAAGGGCGACUCUUUAGAUGUGCCCGGCUGCCCAGAUGGUGGAGUCCUCGGGCAGCAGCUGUAAGCAAGCUCCCCCCCCCCUUGGCUGGGCUCCUACCAGACAGCAGGGAGCCCUCCCCCCUCCCGCUGAACACCUGCCCCCCUUCUGCAGCCAGCCAAGUGGGGCAGAGGAAGAGGCCGCACCAGCAGUCCCUGCCGGCUGGAGAGAAGAUGGGGAAGGAGGACGGGGCUCCCCUCGGAGGGGAGCAGGCAAGGGGGCGCAGGCUGUGGGGCCUCCUCCGGAGGGGCUUCCGCCGGGCUGUGGAAAAGGCUUCCCACCUGUUGAGGAUGAUGGGUAUGGAGUGAUGAAGCCCCUGAACCGGCUAAGCCAGUGUUCCGAGUGGUGGUCCAGGGAGCCCCACUUCAGCCACCCUGCUUGGGCCAACAUCCCUGGCCUGCUGCGGCCUCUUUCUCAGGCUUGAAGGUGAACCUUGUGGGCAGGGCUGUUGUCACCUGCAAAGCUGAAGACCUUGCCCAUGCUUGGUGCUGGCACUGCCAGGGAGCAGAUGGCGUAGGGAUGAAGAUGGCUGGGAACUUAAUGUAGGGUCCCAGCUGGUACCGGCCAGUCCUGCCACAAGGUCCUCAGCCAGCCACAGCCUCUCAAGCGACUGGCCCCUCCUGGCAGACCCCAGCCACCGAGUUUUCUUUCCGGGUCAGAUGAAGAACGAGGAAAUGAUGACCCUCCACCUGAGCCACGGGCUACAGCACAAGUGCCGCAUUGUCCUGGCCAGCCCCGUGCGCCACGUGACCCACGACCUGCAGAGAAGGGCCUUUAUAGCGUUGGACGCAGCCAACACGCUGCACCUGUUAACGGAAGACGGCUGCUGCAGGGGUAGCAUGGAGGGCCCGGUCCCCAUGAUGGGCAUCCUGUAUGCCUCCCACGUCAACCAGUUUGUGGCCUGGGACACCAGAGGCCUGCAUGUCCUGGACUCCCACUUCCAGCUGCUCUCUCAGGUGCCAUCCGCGCUGCCCAUCCGCUGCGGCAUUUACAGCAAGCAGCUGAACCGGAUUGUGACUGCCGGCGACGGAAACUUGACCAUCUGGAGCUUCCGCUAUGGCUUCCGCAGCCUUCAGUGCCGAGCCAGCGUGAGCAUCGGCCUGGGACCCAGUGACCUCUUUCUCCACCUCGUCUUGGACACAGACAGCACUAGUGAGCCCCAACGCUGCUUUGCCUCUUGCGCCACCGGCGUGGCCACCUUUGACAUCUCCAGGGGGAAUCUCCUGGCCUUCAGGACGAAGCUCCAUAGCAGAGAGAUCACAGACCUUGCCUAUUGUGAAGCCAUUGGCUGCGUAAUCACAGCCUCACGGGACACCACCAUCAAGGUGUGGGACAAGGAGUGGCACAUUCGGAUCGUCUUUGUGGGGCACACAGCUCCAGUCAUUGCCGUCACCAUCUACCCUCACCGGCCCCUCAUCUUCUCUGCCUCCCAAGACGGGACCAUCCGCACCUGGAACCUCAACACCAUUGACCAGGUAGACCAGGUCCACGUCUCGGAGCCUGUGGAGUCCUUGGACACCCACACCAAUUCACACGUCUUCUCCAUCUCGGGCUGCAGCCUCAACCUCUGGAAAAUCAAUCAGCUCUACUCACUCUACACGUUGCUGGGUUCCCCUGCCAGGCAGCUCAGCUGCGUUGACCUGAGGCUGCUGGGCGACUUCCCUGCCCGCGUCCUCUGCCUGUGCCAGAACUCCACCGUGCAGCUGCUGGAUGCCCAGAGUGGCGCGCCUGUGUCCGUCCUCUCCUUGGACCAGUAUUCCCCAGCCCGGGCAGUGGCCUACUGCUUGCCCCGGGAGACCCUUUUCGUGCUGCUGCAACAGGGCCACGUGCUGCGCGUCAACGCAGCCACCAGUCCCAUGAGGGUGAAGCAGUGCUUCAGCAGCAGCCUCUGGGAAUCCAGGCCCUGCUGCGUCCUCCUCUACAGCCACAUGGUGGAACCAGACAAGGCAUAUGCCACGUGGCUGGAAGUGACCCAGAACCAAGGCUACCGGAGGAAGUGGCAGAAAUCCACCAUCAACAUGCAGGACAGAAACAGAUUCCUUCCAAUUCUGGGGCACAAAAACGGCUCCCUCAGUGUCAUAGAUUGGUUCUUGGGCCGAGCCCAGUACACAGUGGAGGCGCAUAACCCUGAGCGUGUCACGGCGUUGGCUGAGUACACCACACAGAUGUGUGUCCUGUCAGCAGGUAUGGACCUCACGGUGAAGAUGUGGCGCCUCUUCCCCCACGUGGAGGAGUGCCUGCUCCCCCUCCUGUCCUUCUCCUGCGCCUCUCCUGCGUGGCACAUGUGCUUCCUCGGAGACACCCUGGCGGUGGCCUUCCAGGACCCCGAAACGGUCACUUACAGCAUUGUCCACUACAACCUGAUGGAGCAGACACGCUCUGAGCAUGGACCCGAGGAAGAUGCCCAGGAUGACAUCACAGGUCUCUGCUGCUGCCCAAACCUGAAGCUCUUUGCCUCAUCCAGCCGGGACGGGUCAGUGAAGAUCUGGGACCACAAGAACAGGCUGCUCCGGCACCUGAAGCUGAACACCAUCCCAGAGAGCCUGGCCUUCGCCAACCACAAGGGGGACUUGCUGGUGGGCCUGGAGCAGCACCUGUACCUCAUCCCCCACACCGAGUACCUGCCCAGCUACUACCAGAUGCAGCUGCUGUGGGCAAAGUUCCUGGAGCCCCUCAAGGACAUCUCGCUGCCCAUCAGCCCGUCCAGCUUUGAGGCCCUGGUGCAAGAGAACAGCCGUCGCUUGAGGCAAGAGCUGCCUGCGAAGAAGUCCGAGUCCAGCAUGUCCGGCGUCUUCCGGGUGCCCCUGAGGGAGUCCAGGGAGGUCAGGGAAGCCAAGCUCAAGCUGGAGGGCAUGGCCCAGCUGGCGGAGAGGAAUCGGGACCUGCAGCUGCUGCAGGAAGGGAAGAUCAGCCCAGCCAAGAAACGGCCUUUCACCAAACAGAUGCGGGAGGAGGCCUUUGAACACUACCUGGGCCUGUUCUACAAGGAGCAGCUCAGCCUGGAGAUUCCUGAAGAAGAUCCCUUUGACGCAGAUGAAGUGCUGGAAUCCCUGGGCCGGAUGGAUCCCCUCUCUGCCCUCCUAGAACCCUCCGUUUCCCACAUGUUCCUGGGGGGCUUCACUAAGCCCAGGACCCUCGAAUUGAGCAGCUCAGCCUUUGCGGAGAUUAGCCCCUCCAUCCGCUUCACCCCCUCCCUUGCGGUUCCUGGCAUGCUCCAGGUGAAGAGGAAGAAGGUAGAUGUUGGCGCUGCCCCCUCCUCUGCCGGGAUGCAGGAGACCCCCUCCCCGGGGAGAACUGAAGCUCCCCCAGCCCCCCUCACGCAGGAGGCCCCCGAGAGCAUCCGGCCCCUUUCUGCAAGAGCGGGCAGGCCAGGCUACCCCCUGAGAAGAGCCCCGGAGGAGGCGCCCAAGCCUGCGGAGCGCCCAGUUAAACCGUUCGAAACUCUGGUCUUGGUUACCCCAGAAAGCCCUUCGUCCCCCAGCCCCUCCACGCGCCUCAAGAGUGAAAAGAGCGUCCUCUUCAGGGGACUGGUGUCAUCGCAGCUGAGCCAGGAGAGCCAGAAGCACCUGCCCUCCACCUCCCGUUCGAUGAGCCCCCAACCGUCUGCCAUCGUCAAAGGCUUCUUUCCGCAGAGGGCCCCCAGCCCGCAGAGGUCAAGGACGCUUGCGGGGCUCACGAGCGAGAGUCUUCAGCUGCCCAGGAUAUCCUCCGGCUUCAUCCCCAAUUCUGUGGUGGCCCAGCAGCUUCACACCCUGGACCUUCUGGAGACAGAGAGGCUCGUGAAGGUGAUCGGCCCCCAGGUGGUGUCGGGGAGCUCCUCAAAGGCCAGUUUAAUGUGGACGUUUGAUGAGGAGGAACUGCCCAAGGAAGAACAGCUGCCAGCGGCCCUGGAGGGCAUCUCCAAGUCCUGGAUCAUGCCAGCGAAGGAAGACGCCCCCUCCACAAAACAGAGCACGCCUGGGAUUUUCCUGACUCAGCUGGAUGAGUCCCAGUAUCCAGAACUGCCGAGGACGGUGCCUGUAUUUGUUCUACCCUUUGUGGACCAAGAGUGGUUUCAGAAUCUUUUCCCAGAGGGUAUCCCCCCUGAGAUGACCUCGAAGGUCUUGCUGAGGAAGCUGCAGGAGACGCUGCUCACUGCCGACUACAGCACCAAGACGGAGGUGUUGGGAGCCAUCGUCUACUUGGAAGACCAGCUGGAGGACAGGGCGAAGAGGUGGAUCCAGUACACCCUGUUUGAAGUGCUGAAUCAGGAGGGCAACGCCCCCUCUUUGCAGGAAAAGAGCCAGAAGAAGUUCAUCCUGGCCACCCUGCGCGUCCUCCUGCACUUGGACAAAGAUAGCCUGGACUUGAUGGUGGAGCUGAUGACCUGCUACCUGAUGGCUGCUCCCUCCGCCCGGGCAGUUUUUAAGGAUAUGUUCAAGGAGUUGGGACUUCAGGACCCUCACAACUUUUUCUUCAAGGAGAUGAACUCCUGGAUGGUGGGUAUGGAGGACUCCAAAGAGGUUGUGCGGAAACUCAGCAGGGAAUGGUUGGAGGAGAAGAUCCGGAUUUUCAAGGAACACAGGGCUCGCCUGUUGGAAGAGGCUGCCUCUGGGAAGCUUUUCCUGGACACCGGCCACAAGACCACCACUCUUUUGACCCUGGAAAGAAAGAGGCCAGAGAAGAGCCGCAAGAAAGCCAGGAAGAUCGCUGGAAAGGGGGCCAAGGCUGUCCACAAGGACGAGAUGGACAGCGAGGAGGAGCGGCAGGGGAAGCCCAGCUUGGAAGACCACCAAAAGCCCGUUCGCCCCAUUGAUGCCAUCCAGCAUUUUGCGGAAAAGCAGCUGGAGAGAGAACGGAGGGAGCUGAAGGAGGCUGUCCUUUUGAGGGCAGAAUCCCCCCGGGACACGGUCUUGGCAUUGCCCCCUCUUCAAAAGUCCCGAGCGAUCCUGCGUCUAGGAGAAACCAACGCAAUGCUGAGAACGAGAGUUGCUGAGCGCUGCUGCUUCCCCAUCGUCUUCCCCCGCUAUCUGAUGAAGGGCUUCGUCCCCUUCCUGAAGCUUCCGCUCCCCAGGAUCACCUUGCAGCCGUUCCCAUCCCUCCCGAGGAGGCCGGCAGCGCCAAGGACGUUCGCUGCCAUGCAGCAGCUGGUGCACAAGUACUUCCUCCCAAAGUUUUCCUACGCCGACAGCUACCCCUGAAGGCAGGGCUGGCUGGCAGAGGCCCCGGGCGGAGCCGAGGGGCUUCCAGGGCAGGAAGCGGAGGGGGGGGCCCUUGCUGAAGAGCCAGCCGGCACCAGCCUGGCAGAUGGAAGCAAGCUGGUAGCGACAAUCAAGAGGCUCUCCGAAGGCGUUUUAUUUUAUUUAUUUAAACCGAUUACCUGAUUUACGACAUCUGAUAAGAUUUCCAGACUGGAGAGGGAAGAGCACCAAUAAAGAGGAAAAGAUGCCAA